GGGAUCUGUAACUCUGUAGCUCUUGUUACUCCGUAAACCUGGGGUAUAUGCGGCGGCGAAGAAGCCUUUGUUGUGUGUUGUGUGGUGGCAGCUGGGCAGCUGACUGGACCAUUCACCGUCACCGUCACCGUCACCGUCACCGUCACCAGAGCCCCGACCAAGAUGGCUGGAGUCCAUUUUUCCAUGCUGUUGUUAUUGGAUCUUGAUUGAUUGAUUCCUAAACAAAAACAUCCUUGAAAUCAACAGCAAUUGGACAGCUUUCCUUUCCCCAGGGGAGGGGGGGGUACUUCGGCAAGGGGUACUCCGCCCCGCCAAGGCAGCGCUUCCUAGUACCUGCCGCCGGGGUACCAUAAUUGCCCUGCCCUGCCAUUGUAGGCUGUAACCAAGCCCCAGCGCCGCCGUUCAUUUCGGCAUCAUUUAUUCAUUCGUUCGUAUUUAUUUAUUUAUUUAUUUAUUUUCUGCGGUGCUUCUCGCCAGGUUCUUGAUGUCAAACUCGCCUUCGCUUCCUUGCGUUUUCUAGACUAGUUAGAAUUAUUAGAGUUGCGGCUACUUUUCUUCCUCCUUUGUUGGCUGUUUUUCCUCAUCUCUCUCUCUCUCUGCUCUAUCCAGAUCGCCCGCUUUUCCGCCAUCUCCGCCGUCCGUCCUGCUGCUGCUCUGAUCUCCGAGGACACACGCGCCCUCCCCCCCCCCCUGGUGAUCGGUUUGUCAGUUCCGCGGCCGGUGCGGUCGGCCGGUGGAUCCUGCGUGACUCGGUCGUUGCCCAAGCCAGCCAGCGCUUCCCCCCACGUCCUCCUCGCAUCGUCCUCGCUCUCCUCCUCCUCCUCCUCACCCACCUCCUCCCCCCCACCACAUUGAUCUGCUUUUUUCUUUUUUUCUUUUUUCUUUUUUUCUUUUUUCUCCCCCGUUCUUUGGCUACCUUACCUUGUAUCCCGUUGCUUCUACAGCGCGAAUUGUACACAGCCAUCGACUGGCAACUGUUGUUCGACUUGGAUAUGUCCCAGCUCGACACCACGACUAGCAGCAGCGACGACGACGACCAUCUCCGCCCGACCGCACACUUCCUAAGACGAUAUUCGCUAGUUCCGAUGUGACUGUGAAAACAGAGUCAGGGUUUCCAUCAUGAGCUCUAAAGAUAGUGCUGCCGUUGCGCACGCUGGCUCUGGGAAGGAGACCAAUCCCCAGAGCCAUCCGCAUGAAGCCCAUGAAUCGCAAGAAUGGCGCAACUCGAACAAUCAAACGGAUACAGAUACCCCGCCGGAUGCAAAAAGUCCGGAUUCAGACGCAAUGCCACCCAAGGCGCCACCAUUACAAAAGCGACGACGGGUGACGAGAGCUUGCGACGAGUGUAGACGGAAAAAGAUCAAAUGCGACGGCAAGCAGCCGUGUACUCAUUGUACCGUCUACAGUUAUGAUUGUACCUAUGAUCAGCCUUCGAACCGGCGACGAAAUCCUGCCCCACAGUAUAUCGAAGCGCUCGAAAACCGUGUACAAAAGGCGGAGGCGAUUCUUCGCGCAGUGAUCCCGGACCUUGACAUCAAUGACCCUCGCUUCGAUACCGUUGGACCGGAAGAAUUGGUUGCGCGAAUCAGAGACCGCCUCAAAAUUUCUGACAGGGGUGAUCCAGAGGGGCAACAACUAGCAGGGCAGGAGAAGGGAGAGGAAUCGCUUUUGGAGUCGAUGGUCGAUAAUACGGGUUUGCUUGAUGUUGACGAUCAAGGACAUUGGGAUUACCAUGGCCAAUCGUCGGGGUUAAUUUUUAUGCGCCACCUACGGAAACAAUUUGGUAAUCUACCGGACCCUCGACCUGAAGACCGGCCAAAGACCAAAUUCCAAAAUAUUUCCCACAUUCUUGAAGGAACAAAAUCGUCAUCGGAAUCCCCAAUUGACUCCCAUCUGUCUCCGCUUCAUGAUUUGCCCGAAAAGGAGGUUGCCCGCAAACUCUGUAUGAAUGCCCUCGAAGAUGGCUGCUGCAUCAUGCGAUUGCUACAUAUACCUAGCUUCUAUGUUAUGUUGGAUCGAAUUUAUGACACCCCGCCUGAGAAUUUCUCGAAUGAGGAGAACAGUUUUUUGCCCUUGUUAUAUCUGGUCCUUGCUGUGGGCUGUCUUUUUAGAGGGGUUGGUGAUUCUACACUAGAUAAGUCGGGUUACGAGAGCGCAACAGAUCAAGGGUUCCAAUAUUUCAAAGCAGGACGACAGCUUCUUGACAUUACGGAGUGCCGUGACCUUACGUCUCUACAGACUGUCUGCUUCAUGAUCCUGUUCCUUCAGUCAUCAGCGAACAUCAGCACCUGCUACUCCUAUAUAGGUAUCGCGUUACGUGCCUCACUCCGCCUUGGCCUUCAUCGAUCCGUUUCAGCCAAUUUUAAUCCUAUAGAGCUAGAAACUCGAAAGAGGGUAUUUUGGGUCGUGCGAAAAAUGGAUGUGCACGUAAGUACGAUCCUUGGCCUACCGUCAAUGCUAAGUGAAGACGAUAUCGAUCAAGAAUACCCGCAAGCUAUCGAUGAUGAGUUCAUCACCGCGGAGAAAAUUUUACCAAUACCGCCAAACCAUAUCACUUUGAUGGCUGGCGUGAACGCACAUAUCCGUCUCGGUCGCAUUGUCAUGAAAGUUGUCAAGUAUAUCUACCCUGUGAAGGUCGCAAACCAAGGUGCAAACCAUACAUACAUGGUGAGCCACUCAAAAAUUCGCGAACUUGAACGUGAUUUGCAGGCUUGGCAUGAGGAUCUUCCCGAUUCAUUCAGACCGGGAGGGGAUGCUCCCCCUCAUAUCGAGAGAAUGAGGCAAUUACUUCGGAUUGGCUACGCUCACGUGCAGAUGGUUAUGUAUCGCCCGUUCCUUCAUUAUGUUACUGGCAACGCGCAGGACCGGAAAAUUGACAAACGAUCUUUUGCAUGUGCUGCUGCAUGUGUGAGUGUGGCGCGUAAUGUCGUCCACAUUACCGCUGGAAUGAAAGAGAAGAAGCUCCUCAAUGGCUCUUACUGGUUUACGAUGUAUACUACGUAUUUUGCCGUGUUGUCACUGCUCUUCUUCAUCCUUGAAAAUCCUGAGUCGGCUACUGUCAAAGACGGCAUCUUAAAAGAUGCUCUCGAAGGCAAGAAUGCACUUGCAGGGCUGGCUAAGAAUAGUAUGGCUGCGGAUCGGUGUGCUCAAAGCUUAAAUUCUAUUUUCAAACACCUGCCCGAAAAAUUGCAAAAUCGACGGAAUACUCCAGUGCCCUUGAAUAGGAAACGUGCUCAACCUACUCCACCACCGGCAUCGAAACCCAGGGGCACAAUGACACCACCCAACGUUACUACGGCUACCCCUGAUACUCUGAUCGUGCAACCUCCCCAAAGAGCAAAAACGUUCCCUGUUCAUCUGCAAGCUUCGAAACAACUGGGACCAGCAAGGAAUCAGACACUAGGUACAAGUGUUGACGAUAGCCACCAUAUUCAGCCCCUGCGCUCAUGGAGAGCGAAUGAGCAGUCGCCGUUUGGUCUGCCUGAGUCUACUCCGAAGUCAUCGUCUGCCAAUGACGAAGAUAUGAUGCGAAGUUCUUUGACACCAUCACCGUCGCCCAUCUCUUCCUCGCAGCAGACAUUUUUGUCCUUUCACCAACUACCGAGCCAUCAGCAACAGCAGCAGCAGCAGCAGCAGGCACAUUCGCUGUCAUCAUCAUCUUUGAAACAGGACACCUCAUUUUCACCUCCCUUGGAUAGCAUGGCCUAUAUACCAGAUCUAAUGCCAAUGAUGUUCCCAUCCGACGACCCCUUCGCCUAUCCAACUCAGCCCAUGUCGACGCUUGAAAACGACCAUUUCAAAAAGGAGUCCAACAUCCCAGGCGCACAGUAUGGAUUAAGGUCGUCUUCAUCUUUGACAAAUUCUUCUACAGAUCCAACAUCUGCCUCUACUCCGAGGCUCGACCCGUUCCACUCGUUCCAGUCGUUUACCAACACCAAUAACACUCAGGAUACUUCCGGUGGCACAGCCUCCUCAUUACCACGCCAUUUAAAACAAUUUCCACAACUUUCCACCCUCGGGAACCAAAUGACGUCCGCAUCGGGCUCUACGUCUCCAGGGGGACUCUUGCAAAGUCCGGACCUCAUCUCAAUGUCCGAUGAGUCCUUCCUCUGGCAGGACCUGGAAUCGCAGCAUCUAUCUCAACAGCAGCAUCAACAGCAACACCAAUUAUCCCAGCAGCAUCAGCCUGAUAACCAAUCUGUCCGCGACCACUCCAUGUCAGGGACCCCCGGAUUUGGCAUGGGGAUGGGCGUUACUGGCUUUGGCGGCCUCGGAAUGGGCAUGGGAAUGAAUAUGGGUGUUAACUUGGACGAUCUGCUCGGAAAUCUAUCUGCGGGCGCCGGGAAUGAUGCUGAUGGCGGCGUGGGUGCCGCCGGGUCAGAUGGAAAUAUUGAGUGGAGUCAGUGGACGGACACCGGGUUAUGAAAAUAUUAAUAAAAGAAUGAAAAUGAAAAUGAAUUGGAAAGAGAAAGGCAAAACAACAUACCAAUCUUGGGAGUCACAUGGUUAAUUAUUUUUUGUGGCAACUGAUUGGACAAAACUAACCACUGUGCAUGAACUUGGUGCAGAAGUUAAUUCAUCCACCCCCCAGAUUCUCAAGGUGAAAAACCUACUUCAAUUUCAGGAUUGGCGGUAAUAUCAACUAGGACAUGGGAUUUCUUAAGAAAAACAAACACCCUCAAAAUAAUCACUUCCUACAGGUUUGUACCUUUGGUCUUUGUUUGUUGUUCAUUGUUCCCAACGAAGCUGAUUUUUCAGAAAGAAUUGAUUCCUGAAAGUUUUUAGCAUUGUGUUAUUUACAGUUUAUUAUUCUAUUCUAUUCUAUUAUUAUUGCCAUUUCUUUCUCCCUCUUAUACAUCAUUUGCAUUUAUGAUGACUUCUACUAAUUCCAAUUUCAUUAUCAUGAUAUAAUGAAUGAUGUCAUGACAAUUGUGGGAGCAAAUUCCUCCAAGGAAAUUCUCCGAGAUUUCUCCACUCCGUUCUUUUUUUUCUUUUUUUUUUCCACCUUCUAUUUUUGCGCUCUUCAUUGAUAGAAUAUAUGUUUCUUGAUUUCGAGUUCGAUUUGUUUCAUAUUACUUCAUCUUCGUCCGUAUUUUCUCCUUUUUCUUCUCUCUGCUUUGCUAGAAUAAUCUAGAAGAAGAGUUCUGUACACAUAGCAUAGUUAACAUACCAAGCCGUAUAAUAUUAAUUAAACUGAAUAUAGUAUAUUCUAUUAUUUUUUUAAAUCCAAACCCAACCCCCCUCCAUCAAUUAUUGAACCUGACGAUAAACUAAUAAAUAAUCUUCCGCUAUCUCCAAUUACCCCAAUUCACUCAACCUCCGCACCAAACUCAACCUCCGCACCUCGUGAGGGGUUGCACACUGUGUAGACCGCGCGAUUAUUACAACCAACAAUAAACGCCAGCAAAUCCGCAUUUCUGCCAAGCACUAUUUCAGAGCAACAGAGGCUUGUCCUGCAGCUCUCUUCUCCAGUACACACAUACAUGUACAUGUACAUGUACAUGUACAUACUCCAAAAAGGCCCGUCUGGGCCAACGUGGUCGGAUGGUUUCUGUCCAGGUUACUCCGUACAAGUUACUACUUAUUUACAAGUAAUGACCUUCCUGUGAGAAUGAAUUGGUUGGCAGCUGUAAAAUGGAUGAUGAUUGUUUUGACAAUUUGUGUUUUGAAUUAUUAUUACUCCUAGACGCAAGGAAAUUUUGAAAAACUUUUAAAUAAUAAGAUGCGAAUUCUCCGUAUUUCCAGGAAGAAGAAGAUCGGUGACAGCAGCAAAUUAGUUAAUACCUGCAACCUCUCCUUUCUUACUUGUGUCUGGUGCUGGCGUUUGCCGCUGCUUCAGCGGUCAAUCUCAGCGCUGCCGGUGCGUCCUCUUUGGGGAUAUGUAGCUCGACAAGCUGGUGAUAUUUUCAAACAGAGAGCAGUUAGUUAUUGUCUUCUUCCUAUCUUGGGGUAAUGAAAAGCCAAAGGUAUAUACAUAUAUAUAUAUAUAUAUAGAUAUAUAGAUAUAUAUAUAAACAUGCGGUAAAGGCGAAAUCAUGAUCCUGAGAAGAUAAAAGAUAGGAGAAAACUCACCUGCAAAACCUUAGAAGAAGAAAAACUCUCGUCCGCAAACAAGGCGGUCAAUUCCUUCUCCGUCUUGAUAGAGUGUGUUUUGAAUGUAUUCGGCUUGGCUCCGAAUGCUGGGACGAGAUCGCUGAAUUUCCAGGGCUGGAUGUCGUUGUAUACCGCAUCCCAGCCGUGAAUGCAUCGUUCGAUAGUGUAGCCGUCGUUACAAAUUACGAAGCUAGGGUUGUUAGCGAUGACGUGGAUAUUUC